GGAACCUUUAACAGAAAUUCUGAAUAGAGUGACAACUGUUGUCAUCUCGCACUUUCUCUCCACCUUUCUACUCCUCAUAUUCUUCAUCAUCCAUUUUUGUUUACUUGUAGAACAAAUCACCAACACUUAAAAAGGUCGUGCGAAAUGGAGCUAAAACCAGGUUUAUCAGCUUUGGUCACAGGCGGAGGUUCUGGAAUCGGUAAAGCACUUUGCCUGGCUCUUGGGAAGAAGGGCAUUUUUGUGACUGUUGUUGAUUUAUUUGAAGAAAAGGGGAAGGAAGUUGUUUCCCUUGUUGAAAAGGAGAAUGCCAAAUUCCACUCCAAAUUAGAAUUUCCUUCAUCAAUUUUUAUUAGGUGCGAUGUGACUAAUACAAGAGAUAUAGCAGCAGCUUUCGACAAGCAUUUGGCAACAUAUGGAGGGCUGGAUAUCUGUAUCAAUUCUGCGGGUAUAGCUACUCCCACUUCAUUUUAUAAAGAUGAAUCUGAUGGAAGCAAUUCAUGGAGACGUACUAUAAAUAUAAACCUAAUUGGAGUCAUUGACUGUACACGUCUUGCGAUUCGAACUAUGCAAACUGUACAGAAGCCUGGUGUAAUUAUAAAUGUAGGAUCUGCUUCAGGUCUUUAUCCAAUGUUUGGUGACCCUAUAUACUCUGGUUCAAAAGGUGGUGUGGUUUUAUUUACUAGAUCACUCCUUCCAUAUAAGCGUCAUGGAAUUCGUGUCAAUGUGCUUUGCCCUGAGUUUGUUCAAACUGAAUUGGCAUCGGCAGUGGACCGUGGAUUUAUUGAUUCAAUUGGUGGCUUCUUGCCUAUGGAAAUGGUUGUGAAUGGUGCUUUUGAGCUUAUAAAAGAUGAGAGUAAAGCUGGUUCAUGUUUAUGGAUUACAAACCGCAGAGGAAUGGAAUAUUGGCCCACACCCAUUGAAGAAGCGAAGUAUUUACUGAAGUCUUCAAAGUUCAAAAGGAGAUCUGUAUAUCCUACGCAAUUUAGUCUUCAAAUACCUCAGAGUUAUGAGAAAAUAGUCGUUCACACUCUGAGUCACAAUUUCCGUAGUGCGACUAAUAUUGUGUGUACACCAUUGAAAUUACCCAUCAAACGGCAUCAUGUCCUUUUGAAAAUCAUUUAUGCUGGUGUUAAUGCUAGUGAUGUUAAUUUUAGUUCUGGCCGUUAUUUUGGGGGAAGUGAGAAGGAACUGGCCUCUCGUCUUCCAUUUGAUGCUGGUUUUGAGGCUGUGGGAAUAAUUGCUGCUUUGGGGGAUUCAGUUAAUGACUUGAAAAUAGGCACUCCUGCUGCAGUUAUGACUUUUGGGAGUUACUCUGAAUUCUUCAUGGUUCAUUCAAAACAUGUCCUCCCUGUGGAAAGACCUGAUCCAGAGGUUGUGGCCAUGCUUACUUCAGGACUUACAGCAUCAAUUGCAUUGGAGAAGGCUGCACGGAUGGAAUCGGGAAAGACAGUCCUUGUUACUGCUGCUGCAGGGGGAACAGGACAGUUCGCAGUCCAGCUUGCAAAACUAGCUGGAAAUACGGUGGUUGCAACAUGCGGAGGUAAGGAGAAGGCUGCACUAUUGAAAGAAUUGGGAGUUGAUCGUGUCAUAGAUUAUAAAGCUGAAGAUAUCAAAUCAGUUCUUAAGAAGGAAUUUCCAAAAGGUGUUGACAUAAUCUAUGAAUCUGUUGGUGGCGAAAUGUUUGAUCUCUGCUUGAAUGCAUUGGCCAUCUAUGGCUGGCUUGUUGUGAUUGGGAUGAUUUCUCAGCAAGAGAUGGGCGGCUAUGGAGCCAUUGGCCGGCAUCAUCUGGGUAAGCCCAUCUUCGCACUUGCAGGUGGUGUUCAGAACAACAACAUUGUGUGGGUGGAGCUCUAUAAAGAAUGGCUUAUUGUGGGCUAG